AUGUUGCCAUCACAAAGAAAGAUAUCAACUACCCAAGCAAUUGAGUUAGAUUUGGCGGCACAAUCUGGUCUUCGUUUAGGCCAGUCUUUUGAACUCAUGGGUACAGAAGCUGGUAGAAGGCAAUGUCUUGGGUUUACGAAAUUAGAUCAAAAAAAUUAUUUGAGAACCAAAAGACAACAAAGUUUAGCAUAUGAGGAAGUAGGCAAUGUGUUGCAAUACUUUAAAGAAAAAUCUUUGCAGAAUCCUUCCUUUUUUUAUGCUUUUCAAUUAGAUAAUGAGGAGCAAAUAACCAAUAUGUUUUGGGCCGAUGAACAAAUGAUCAUGGAUUAUGCCCAAUUUGGUGAUGUUGUCACAUUUGAUAUGAUUUACAAGUUAAACAAAGAACAUAAACCCUUUGCAUCUUUUGUGGGAUUCAACCAUCAUAGGAAAACAGUUAUAUUUGGUGCAGCAUUGUUGUAUGAUGAGACUGCUGAAUCGUUUGUAUGGUUGUUUGAAAAUUUUCUAGAGGCUAUGUCAAGAAAGGCACCAAAAACUUUGUUCACCGAUCAAGAUGCUGCAAUGGCUAAAGCCAUACCCAUCAUUAUGCCUGACACAAGUCACCGAUUGUGUACUUGGCAUUUGAUGCAAAAUGCAUUAAAACAUGUUAACUGUUUGUUCCAAGAUAAGGGGGUGAAGGGUGUACUAAAUAAAUUCUUCUUUCACAUUAAAGAUGCAAAUCAAUGGAAGUUAGAGUGGGCGGAAAUGCUUGAUAAAUAUGAUGCGCAUGAAAACCAUUGGUUGAAAUUGACUUUUGCGGAUUACAUUCGUUCUGAUUUCAACUUAAAUGAAUUCUUCAUGCAUUUCGAAAGGGUACUUUAUGAGAAGCGAUACAAGGAGUUAGAAGCAAGAUAUGCUUUGUGCCAAAGGUUUCUAAAGGCUAUGGACAAGCAGAAACAGAAGCAAACUGAUGCUGAAAUUGGGUUGGAAAGUGAAGUCAUGGCCUCUGAAAUUGUGAAGCAAACUGCUGCUGGAAAGUGA